AUGGAGCCGACGUUGGAAAGUUAUUUUGAUCAGUCGGUUGAAGAUGAUAAUCUCACCACAGACACUCCCCAAAUCUACAGCCCCAUGCUUCCUUUUGACUCAGACCUGCCAAUUCAGGAACAUUGCUAUACAUCUCACCUCGAUUCCCUCGGGGAGCUGAAGACCGAGCUGACCUCGGCUGAUCUCAGUUUCCUCAGCGAUGACCCGGAUCAGCAGGACGAGGACUCGGGCUUUCAGAGUCAAACCCUGGAACAGAGUGACCUGCACGUGGGAGACUAUAACAACAAUAUUGUGGGCACAAUGGGAGCGGGAGACGACACCCAGUCAUACUCGUACCUGUCUUUAACUGACCCGAGUGACACCUCGGGUCUCGAUGAUCCAUCCUCAGUUUGCCCAACUCCAUUGUUCCCUAUGACCCCUGUCAAACCCAUGACUCCUGUAGAGAGCUCCGGGAUAUAUCCCCAGUUACAGAACAUAGUCUCCACUGUUAACCUGGCCUGCAGGUUGGACUUGAAAAGAAUAGCUCUGCAAGCAAGAAAUGCAGAAUACAACCCAAAGCGUUUUGCUGCAGUGAUUAUGCGUAUCCGGGAGCCCAGGACCACAGCACUGAUUUUCAGUUCAGGAAAGAUGGUCUGCACUGGAGCCAAAAGUGAAGAGCAGUCUCGAUUGGCAGCUAGGAAGUACGCACGUGUGGUCCAGAAAUUGGGAUUUCCGGCCAAGUUUCUCGAAUUUAAAAUCCAGAACAUGGUUGGAAGUUGCGAUGUGAAGUUUCCCAUCAGGCUAGAAGGGCUGGUUCUCACUCACCAACAGUUUAGCAGUUAUGAACCAGAAUUGUUCCCAGGUCUUAUUUACAGAAUGGUUAAACCAAGAAUUGUGCUGCUUAUAUUUGUUUCUGGCAAGGUUGUUCUGACAGGUGCCAAAUUCCGGUCAGAGAUCUACGAAGCUUUUGAAAACAUUUAUCCCAUCUUAAAGGGCUUUAAGAAGGCAUGCUAGCAAAAAGGAACCACCAUCAGUAUCAGUAAGCUAAGUGCCAUUGCUAAAACAUCAGGAUAGGAUCC